AUGUACAUCACCCUCUACUACAUAGUCACCCGGCUCCCUGACUCCCUUCGCGUAGUCAGGGACCACUUCCUCUCAGUUUGCCCCACCACUCUCACCGUUGACCUCCUUGAGAAGGCCCUCCUAGCAGUAGAGAAGAGCAUAGUAGCUGUAGGAGCCUCUCGUGGUGACCCUCGCACCCCCAUCUUUGAGGGGUGUUCCCCCUCCCCCCUUUUGCCCUCUGUUGCCUCUGCUGCUGCGGCCGACCUCGUUGGGCUUGAGUCGGUCGGGGCGGCGUCUACCCCUAGCGGUAGACGCCGCCCUAGCAAGGGCAAGGGGGGUAGGGGCGCUGGAGGAGCUAGCGGGGGCGGUGGAGGUGGCGGUGGAGGCGGCGGAGGGGGUGGGGUUGGCGGUGGGGGUGGUGGCGGGGGUGGAGGUGUCGGUGGCGGCAGUGGAGGCGGAGGCGGGGGCGGCGGUGGCGGUGGGAGCGGAGGUGGCGGCGGUGGAGGAGGCGGUGGUGGAGGAGGUGGCGCUGGUCGGGGUGGCUCUGCGCAGAGGCGGGGUGGGGGUACUGGUUCGUGCACCUACGUCCUACGCACCGGCGACCGCGCGGGUGAGCAGUGCGGGGGUGCGCACUCCACCCAGCGCUGCUUUGGCCGCCUGACGGACGCUUGGCGUCACCAGUUCCCGGAGGCCACUGAGAUCCCCCGCUGGGGCGAGCUGUCUAGGGCGGGAGUAGCUGUUUUUGACCUUGAAUUUGAUGCUAUUCUUGCUGCCAUGUAUGCUGUGACUAUUAGUGAUGAGGGUGACUGUUACAGGUGUUUUCCGCCCGACCCGGGCAUUGAGACUGCUGCUCUAGGUACUGGUGAGGCUGCUGCUCUAGGUGCUAGCAAGGCUGCUGCUCUAGGUGCCAGUGCGUCUGCUUCCUCAGGUGCUGGUGAGUCUGCGCUCUCAGGUACCGCUUGCAGUCUCUCUGGCAGACCCCUCUGGGGGUCCUAA